AUGAGGAUAUCCACCACCUCUUGUCUCUGUCCCUUCUUAGUCUGCCUCUGCUUCAUCCAGAGGUGCUAUGGGGCAGGCCACCAUCUCCCCACCAAAGUGCCCUCCAAGAACCAGACCAAACUGGCCAAUGGGGAGACGGAGGUGCACCACAGACCUAAGCGUGGUUGGAUCUGGAACCAGUUCUUUGUUUUAGAAGAACACAUGGGACCUGAUGCGCAAUAUGUUGGAAAGCUUCACUCAAACUCGGAUAAGGGCGAUGGAUCUGUCAGGUACAUUCUAAGCGGAGAAGGAGCUGGAACUAUAUUUAUCAUCGACGAAGUGACGGGAGAUAUUCAUGCCACCAAGAGCCUGGAUCGGGAAAGGAAGACACAUUAUGUCCUGCACGCACAAGCCUUGGAUCGCAACACGGAGGAGGCCCUAGAACCAAAGUCGGAAUUCAUCAUCAAAGUACAGGACAUCAAUGACAAUGCACCUACAUUUCCAGACGGACCCUUUGUAGCUACGGUGCCCGAGAUGUCUGAAGUGGGCACAUCUGUGUUGCAAGUCACAGCUACUGAUGCAGAUGACCCGACCUACGGAAACAGCGCCAGGAUAGUCUACAGUAUUCUACAGGGACAGCCAUAUUUCUCUGUGGACCCCAAAACAGAAAAUUACCAGCUAUACGUCCCCGAAUCAGCUCAAGUUGGAAAACCCGUCGGGAAGAUCAAAGCCAACGAUGACGACCUCGGUGUCAAUGCUGACAUCAGGUAUAGCAUCAUUAACUCAGAGGGGACCAACAUGUUCUCCAUAUCUACAGACAGAGACACAAGAGAGGGAAUCAUCAGCCUGAAAAAGCCUCUGAAUUACGAGAGAAAGAAGACGUACACGCUGCACAUCGAGGGAAUGAAUUCGCACGUGGAUCCCCGCUUUUCUUAUCUUGGUUCCUUCAAAGACACUACCACCCUCAAGAUCACUGUGGGGGACGUGGACGAAGCCCCCGUCUUUUCUAUGGAUUAUUACAUCUUGGAUGUUUAUGAAAACUCUCCAAGUGGCACAGAAGUGGGCACCGUUACAGCUCGAGAUCCAGACAACAGGAAUAGUCCUGUCAGAUACUAUAUGGACAGCAAAGAGGACGGAGUGAGGUACUUCAGAAUCGAAGAGAGCAGCGGUGUCAUACGCACAACGCAAUCUUUGGACAGAGAAGACAUGCCAUGGCACAACAUCACUGUAAUGGCCUCGGAGGUUGACAACCCCAGCCUUCUCAAUCACGUUCCUGUUACAGUCCAGGUCCUAGACAUGAAUGACAAUCCCCCAGAGGUUGCAACCGACCAGGAAGUCAUUGUGUGUGAGAGCUUAAAGCUUAAUGAGGUGAUCCAGACUGUCACAGCGGUGGACAAGGAUGACUUUGCCAACGGCCAGAGGUUUUCUUUCGCCUUGCCGAGCCAUCUACCCGUUAAUCCCAACUUCACCCUGAAGGAUAACGAGGAUAGCACGGCGAGCAUCAUCGCUAAGCGGCGGCGUUUCAACCACCUGACCCAGGAGCUGUACGAGCUGCCCGUCGUGGUGUGGGACGGCGGGGAGCCAUCGCUGAGCGGCACCAGCACCUUGACCCUACGGGUAUGCCCUUGCCAGCGCCAUGGCCGGAUCCGGAUAUGCCAGGGCGAGGCCUUCCUCUCCUCAGCAGGUCUCAGCACGGGGGCUCUAAUCGCAAUCCUGCUGUGCAUCGUCAUCCUGCUGGCAAUCGUCGUCCUCUUCAUCACGCUGAGGCGGAGCAAGAAAGAGCCCCUGAUCAUCUCUGAGGAGGACAUCCGAGAGAACGUGGUGACCUACGACGACGAGGGCGGAGGCGAGGAGGACACGGAGGCCUUCGACAUCAUCGCUCUUCGCAAUCCGGCCGCCGCAGAGGAGCUCAAGUUCCGACGGGACAUUCGUCCAGAGGCGAGGAGUCACUGCUCCCUGCCCCACGGCCGCAGGAGCCCGUGCGUGGAGCUGGACGAGGUGGACGUGCAUGAGUUCAUCAAGCAGAGACUGAUGGAGGCCGACAUGGACACCAGCGUGCCACCCUACGACUCCCUCCAGACCUACGCUUUCGAGGGUCAGGGCUCGUCCACGGGAUCCAUCAGUCCUCUAGACUCUGUCGCCGCGCCGUCAGAGCAGGAUUAUAACUACCUGGACGACUGGGGCCCCGAGUUCCAGAAACUAGCAGAACUCUACGAAGAGGCAGAGUCAGAUGUGACCACCUAG